UGUCAAGGGGGUUGGUGGUGUUUUUCUUUAGUACUCGUUUUGAAUAUCGUUGAUAAUUUAUAGUUAUCUCUAAGAUUGUUUAUCUCUUUUAAGGAGAAGGAUUUAUUUAAUAAUCGAAUGAUAAUUUGUGCAGCCUAGUGUUUUAAUAUGUCUACUUUAAGAAAUUUCAUUCCUAUUAAAUCAAUGUUAUCACACAUCAAGUUUACUUCUCCACUUAUCAAAAGAACUUUAACUACCACCCCCUCCAAAAGUGAAGGCCGGGAAGGAUGGUUCAGCAAAUUGAUUGUUCGAAGAAUUGAACCAACCAAAGAACCACAUUCACGUAUGCUGUCCGACAAAGAAAUCAUUUAUGAACUACAAACUCAUAAUAUAAAGCCUGAUUCAAGGAAGAAUUAUUUAACAAAUUAUGAAAAGACUGUCCAACUGAUUGAAUCCCGUAAAAGUGAAUUGAACAGUGAACUAGUUGGUUCAUGGACUGUUGAAGUCGGGGAUAUGGACCAAGCUCUUCACUUAUGGAGACACACUGGGGGAUUUUCAGGGAUUGAUGUGGCCAAGAGGAUAUUGGCCACUGAUAAUGAUUAUUGGAAACUUGAAAAUGAAAGGGGCUCUUACUUGCGUUCAAGACAUUUGCAAUACCUGUUGUCCUUCAGUUAUUGGCCACAAAUUGAGUCUAGAGAAGGAAAUAAUAUUUAUGAAAUUAGAAGUUACCGCUUGAAACCUGGAACAAUGAUUGAGUGGGGAAACAAUUGGGCCAGAGCCAUAAAUUAUCGCCGUAGCAACAAAGAAGCAUUUGCUGGAUUCUUUUCUCAAGUUGGGCGACUUUAUAAUGUUCAUCAUAUUUGGUGUUACAAUGAUUUACAUAGCAGAAAAGAAAUAAGAGAGAGUGCAUGGAGACUUCCAGGUUGGGAUGAAUGUGUUGCAUAUACAGUGCCUUUAAUUAGGGAAAUGCAUUCCAGAAUACUUCGACCAACUACUUUUUCUCAUACAAAAUAAUUCGAUGGUUCUAAAAUGUUAUCAAACUUAUUAUCUGAAUAAUUUACGAUAUUUUGAGAAAUCACAGGGGAAUUCAUACAAGUAGUGUCAGUGUUUUAUUUUACUCUGUUUAUUGUUAUUUUAUUGUACAAUUUGUGUAAGUAAGUAAUUUUUAUUGUACAUGUUGGUUCUUAGGAGUUUAAUAUUUGAUUAUUUAUUAGUAAUUGUUCAUUAUAUAUAAAUCAUUGAUUGAAAAUAUUAAAAUAUAAAUUAAAAAAUAAAAUGUUGAUAAAAACAAAUGAAUUAUAUUAAGAUUUCUAAUUGUUUGUUGAAUUUAUUUACUUAUGUAUUAAGUUUAAGUCAGAUCAUAAAGAUAUUUUCUCUUUGUUAUGAUUUAUCAGCUUUAGGAUUUAAGUUUGGAUGUUUAAACUUUAAUAUAUUUUUUUCUGCUGGUAUUGUUGUAUUAAAUGUGAUUUCGUCUAUCACAAUUUGUGGGAUUAUGUUGUUUUUUUGUUUGUUAUGAUUUCUUAUAAG